GAAAGUUCAUGGAAGGAGGUUUUGGCGCGUGAGAGUCCGAUUAACCCGGGAAGGAGACGGUAUUGGGGUCGCGUGGUAAUUUUGACUAAUGGUUACGGUUGGUGAGUGCCGGGCUAGUGUGGGGAAAUGACCCCGUGCUUUCCGCGGAUCGAACAAAAGAUUGCCAGGUGAUUUCAAACCCGUUGGAGUAUGAAGCUGAUUUUAAUCUGUGACGUGUUUUUCUUUUAAAAAAUAAUAACAAUUCACAUUAAGAAGAUUUGGUCCAAGUGAGGAAAAUAACAAUUUGUAAAGAUGUCUAAACUUAAUCAUGGUGAAUAUCCAGAAGACAGAAUCCUCUUACUGAAAGAGAAAUUGAUUUGUCGGGAUCCUCAGAUUUUAACUCUGCAAUCAAUACUGGGAGAGCCUCACCAUUAUAGUUAUCCAUCCAUUUUUGUAUAUGGACAUACUGCCACAGGGAAAACCUGUGUGACGCAAACGUUGCUGAAGACAUUGAAGUUUCCUCAUGUGAUUGUGAAUUGUGUGGAAUGUUUUUCUUCAAGGAUGCUUUUUGAACAAAUACUUAAUGAGCUGCAGGGUCAUUCUCUAUCCCCCAAGAAUGAAUACUCUUCUUAUCUGCAGUGUAACACACUCAAUGAAUUCGUUCUACUUUAUAAGCAAGUGAUCCACAAACAGAAUUUGCACAAUCAAACUGUCUACAUUGUGUUGGAUAAAGCAGAACAUUUGAGGGAAAUGGAUUCAAACUUGUUGCCUGGAUUUCUGAGGUUUCAAGAAUUGGCUGAAGAAAAUGCAACCGUUAUUUUCCUCAGUGAGAUUGUUUGGGAAAAAUUUCGGCCUAGUACAGGCUGCUUUGAGCCUUUAAUUUUGCAUUUCCCUGACUACAGCAAAGCUGAUCUCCAGAAAAUUCUUUCACGAGACCAUCCUCCAGGAUUCUCAGCAGAUUUUUAUGCCACUUAUAUUAACAUUCUGCUUGGAGUGUUCUACGCUGUCUGUCGAGACUUAAAAGAGCUGCGACAUCUCGCUGCAAUAAAUUUUCCAAAGUUCUGUGAACCUGUACAAAAAGGAGAUGCCAAAGAAGAGGAUACCCGACGGCUGUGGAGAAAUAUUGAACCGCAUCUGAAAAAAACAAUUGAAACGGUUUAUUUGCGAGAAGUGUCAAGUUCUCAAUGGGAGAGGCUGCAGCAAGAAGGUAAAGAAGGUGGACAGCUGAAAGGACUUUCUGCUCAUGCGCAUGUUGAACUUCCAUUUUACUCCAAAUUCCUGCUGAUUGCAGCCUACCUCUCCUCUUACAAUCCUGCUAGAACAGACAAAAGGUUUUUCUCAAAGCAUCAUGGGAAAAUUAAGAAAGCCUCAUUCCUGAAAAAACAUGAAAAGACCAGCAAUCACCUCCUUGGCCCGAAACCAUUCCCACUGGAUAGGUUGUUGGCAAUUUUCUACAGCAUUGUUGAUAGCAGAGUGACUCCCACUGCAAAUAUUUUCUCUCAGAUUGCUUCCCUAGUGGCACUUCAACUGAUAACGCAUGUUGGCCAUGAUGAUCAGCUAGAUGGACCAAAGUAUAAAUGCACGACAAGUCUGGAUUUCAUCAGAGCAAUUGCCAGGACUGUGAAUUUUGAUAUAGUGAGAUACUUGUAUGAUUUCUUGUGAGACCCAGCACAACCAUUUGAUACUGCAAGCAAUGAUCACUUCUUUAGCUCCAAUUCAUUCUGAUUUCUCCACUCUGCUGAGAAAUGACAGGCAUUUUGGCAGCAUUCGAUUUGUCCAAGCAGGUGUUAGCACAGUAUGGAAUCUGAUAGCAAUAUCUUGAUUGGUCAGAAUGGAUCUUUAAAAUGAACUAUUUACCAGCAAUCUUCAGUAUUUCAGAGCUAAGUGUUAAUUAUGAGCAGCAGGAAUUCAGGGCAAUCUGUUCCAAUGCAAUAACAAUAUAUUAGCACAAAAGACACCUGAAAUGUAUUUACUUUCAAUUAUUUUCCUUUGUGAAGCAUCCUUUUCUCGGAAUGUAGUGUAGCAGCCAUUUGUGUGACCAGCCUUUCAUUUUUAAAAAACUUAUCUGCUGUAAUGUUUUGUGGCCCUUAUUAAUUUUGCAAAAAAUUUUCUAUUUUUUAGUGGACAAAAAUAAAUAAAUGUAGUGCAGUAAUUGUGUUAUAUUGCUGUUAGUGUUGUUAAACUGUUGAAGAGAAAUGUCAAAGUAGAGUACCUUUCAUCUUUUGGAGCUGGUGAAGCUGAUUCACGUCUGUGUCUUGUUAAUUUAAAUACAUGUUAUCAAUAUCGCAAGGUCUAUGGGCCCUGUCAACAUUGGGCUGAAAUUUUGAAGAUUUGUGCUCCAGGACUAUCUCCACCGCUCACCAAACUGUUCCAACACAAGCACAACACUGACAUUGACCUGGUAAUGUGAAAGCCACUUUGGUAUAUCUUGUCCACAGAAAGCAGGACAAUCUAAUUUAGUUGCUUUUUAUCCUAUCAGUCUACCCUUCGUUAUCAGCAAAGUGUCUUUUACAGUGCUGCUAAUACCUGUAGUCUACAAAGUUUGGAUCCUCCAGAGCCCCUCAUGCUGCAGACUUCAUCAUAACCUGGAACCAAAAGUCCUGAAUUCCAGAAGUGAGAGUUCUUGACAUCCAGGCAGGUUUGAUCGAUUGUGGCAUUAAGGAGUCCAAGUGAAAUUGAAGUCAACGUGAAUCAGAAAGCAAGCUCUGCAACAGGUGCCGUCAUACCCCUCACAAAGGAAAAUGGUUUCCAACUGCAACCAAUCAUCUCAGUCCUGGGAUAUUGUUUUAGGAGUUCUGAAAAGGAUUCGGACAUUUUAAAUUGCUUUAUCAAUUACAUUCCCUCCAACAUAAUGUUAGAAAUUGGGAUGUUAGCUGAUGAUUGACAAACUGUUCAGUUCCACUUACCUUGGGUGCUGAAGGAGUCAGUGCCAUGCAGCAAGAUUUAGACAACAUUGAGUCUUGGCAGGUAUAUGGAAUGUAACGUUCACAUCUCACAUUUCAAAUAAUGCUGUCUUCCAAGAAAAGGAAAUCUAAUUAUCUUUUGCCUUGAUUUUCACUGGCAUUGAAAUCACUGAAUCCACUUCCAUUAACAUUCUAAAAUAACUUGAUUAGAAAUUUAGCAGGUUUAGCUAUUCUGUGACUGCAAGAGCAGGUCAAAGACUGUGUGUUCUCAUUCACAGUAACUCAAAAUAAAACCUCAUAGGUUCUUACACAAUGGUCAUCUGAGUCUUUUUGUGUACCACAUUCUAGGAUUUGGAGGUUUCCUUUGCAUAAUUAAUGUGAUCUGAUCAGAGCAUUCAUUUGCGAAUAGCUUAAACCCUAAAGAUUUGUCUGCAUAGUUCAGUGAUGCUUUUAAAUUGAGAUUGCCGGUUUUAUAGCCUAUGAAAAUCUACUAACAAAUGCAUGUUGUAAGAAUGCGUAAUGUACAGAGGAAAAGUUACUGAUUUAAUUGAGUGAGUGACAUGUCCUUUGGAACUUAAGCUUGGUUUUCUGUACAACCCGAGCUACUGAUAUUUGAACUGGUCUUGGUACAUACAUGGUGUGCUAGUGCUCAACACAGUGUAUUAAGUGAAGAUGUAUUUUAGUAAUUUAAAUUUUGGUAUAUUCUUAAAAAUAAAGCUUGCUGAUUUAUUAA